UCGGCCCCGCGGCCCCACUCCGCGCCUCGGAGCCCCUGACACCGCACCUCGUGCCGGGCCGCGCGCCCCAGACCCCCAGCUGGGCGCGCCGUCGUCGGUUUCCGGGCGCUUAGACUUGCGCCCUCUCCAGGAACCUGUGCCCCGGUCCUGGACUCCACGUGACCCUAAGCCCCCAGCCACCGGCGAGCCCCAUGGCCAUCCAAAGGGUGAGGUAGGAACAGCCUGCGAAACCCUAGACGGUACCCCAUCCACGCCCCUCCGGGCUGCGCUGCAGGCGUCUUCGGGGAGCUAUGCUGAGGCCGGGAGGUGCUGAGGAAGCUGCGCAGCUCGCCCCUCGGCGCGCCCGCGCCCCUGCUCCCGCCCCUAUCCGCGCGCCCAGACCCGUGGUCCCCGACGUCUCCCCGACUUCGGCUUCAGCUCGCCUACGUAUUGCCUGUCUUCUGCUACUGCUGCUGACUCUGCCGGCCCGCGUAGACACGUCCUGGUGGUACAUCGGGGCACUAGGGGCCCGAGUGAUCUGUGACAAUAUUCCUGGUUUGGUGAGCCGGCAGCGGCAGCUGUGCCAGCGUUACCCAGAUAUCAUGCGCUCAGUGGGGGAAGGCGCCCGAGAAUGGAUCCGAGAGUGUCAGCACCAGUUCCGCCAUCACCGCUGGAACUGCACCACGCUGGACCGGGACCACACAGUCUUUGGCCGUGUUAUGCUCAGAAGUAGCCGGGAGGCAGCAUUUGUAUAUGCCAUUUCAUCAGCAGGAGUGGUCCAUGCAAUCACUCGUGCCUGCAGUCAGGGUGAACUGAGUGUGUGUAGCUGUGACCCCUAUACUCGUGGUCGACACCAUGACCAGCGUGGGGACUUUGACUGGGGUGGCUGCAGUGACAACAUCCACUAUGGCGUCCGCUUUGCCAAGGCUUUUGUGGAUGCCAAGGAGAAGAGACUUAAGGAUGCCCGGGCCCUCAUGAACUUACAUAACAACCGCUGUGGUCGCACGGCUGUACGGCGAUUUCUGAAGCUGGAGUGUAAGUGCCAUGGCGUGAGUGGCUCUUGUACUUUACGUACCUGCUGGCGUGCACUUUCAGACUUCCGCCGCACAGGAGAUUACUUGCGGCGGCGUUACGAUGGGGCUGUGCAGGUGACAGCCACCCAAGAUGGUGCCAACUUCACAGCAGCCCGCCAAGGCUAUCGCCGUGCCACCCGUACUGAUCUUGUCUACUUUGAUAACUCUCCAGACUACUGUGUCUUAGACAAGGCUGCAGGUUCCCUAGGCACUGCAGGCCGUGUCUGUAGCAAGACAUCUAAAGGAACAGACGGUUGUGAAAUCAUGUGCUGUGGCCGAGGGUAUGACACAACUCGAGUCACUCGUGUCACCCAGUGUGAGUGCAAAUUCCACUGGUGCUGUGCUGUGCGGUGCAAGGAGUGCAGAAACACUGUGGAUGUCCACACUUGCAAGGCACCCAAGAAGGCAGAGUGGCUGGACCAGACCUGAAGAUACGGAUACCUCACUCAUCCCUCUACUUCAAGCCUUGCAACUCAAAAAGCACAAGAACCUUGCAUGCACACCUUCCUCCACCCUCAACCCUGGGCUGCUACAGCUUCUAUUUAAAGACUUGGGGAGUAAUCCAAAGGGACCAUGGUGUCCUAGCUGGUUCCUUAGCCCUGGGAAGGAGUUGAUAGGGAAUAUAAGAAACUGAGUGGCUCUCUGGUUUCCCCCUGUAGGUUCGAAGGGAAAGCAGAAGAGAUGUAGGGGGGUCUUCAGAGUAAUCUGAGUUGCACUAAAGUACCAUUUUUCAAGGUCAAAACUCAUUUUUCCUUUCUUUGCACUGGUUUCCUAAUACUUCUUGGGUGUGCAAGAGAAAGGAUCUCUGGAGACUGCUUCCUUUUAAUCCUGCCCUGGCUGAGAAUAGAUAAGACAGAGAUGAAACUACAUGUUCCUACCCUGGAGACAGUAUGAGGAGAUGUCUUGGUACCCAAAAGAUGAACUAUAUCACUGUACUAUGGAGAGACUGAGAUUGCUAGACAAGAGGUCAGCAGUUUAUUAACUGCUGUUUAGAGGGGGAAAUCAUGUAACUAUACAAAUACACAUUCUCUCUUUUUUCCAUAUAUCAGAUAGCACUGCCUCUUUUGUUCACUUGCUGCCUGCUCAAACUGAGGUGGCAUACAAUAGGUUCUCAUGCCUAACAAAUCAUGAAAACAGCUUGGAACAGUACUAGGAGAGAAUAAUAGAGUAAGUCUGAGUAGGCCUAGGGAUUUUUCCCCAUUCAUUAUUCUGAAGGUUAGCUAGGUUUGGGAAUCACACUGAUAGAUAACUCAUGAAGAAUGGGAGAGGUAAGCAGGCUGGCUAUAUGAGGCCAGUGUAUGAUAGAAAUAUAGGGACCUCUGUUUUGGGUUUUUUUUUUUAAUUUUUUUUUUUUUUUUAAUUGGGGCUGGGGAUUUAGCUCAGCGGCAUAAGUGCCUGCCUUGCAAGCAGGCAGUCGUGAGUUCGAUCCCUGGUACCGAUAAAAACGAAAAAGACAAAAAAAAAUUUUUUUUAUUGAACGUACAACCUCAUGCUUGCCAGGCAGGUGCUAUGCCACUGAGCUAUAUCCCUGGCCUUUUUUUCUUUUUUCUUUUGUUGAAAUGGGGUCUUGCUGUGUUGCUCAGACUGGCCUCAAACUUAGGAUUGUCCUGUCUCAGCUUCCUGAGUAGCUGGCAUAACAGGAGUGUGCAGCAUCCAACUUGGCUUUUAUAAUUCUUUAGGAGAGGGUCCUAACCUUUGAAACUAGAAGUGGAGCCAGUGUCUACAUAAAGAAAGAGAGCUGGGGCUUGGAGCCAAAACGGUAACAACUUAGAAGGUCCUCCUAUUUACUCAACAAAUCUUUAGUGACUCUCCAAGUCCUAGUGAUUAAUACUAUUCAUAUUUGAAAUAGGGGAAGAUUCCUUCUAUGCUACUACCUUACCUAACAAGGUGUGAAGUAGUGGAGUCUCUAAAGAUAGUAGAUUCAUUAGUAAACUGGAGGAUAGGACAUGGGAGUCCAAAAACUUUGAUGUCCUAAUUGACUUACGUGUUUUGACAGUGGUUAUCUCUUGCCUGUUAAUAUUUUAAAACAGCAGAGUGAUGUAGAAAUUUACAGUUAUAACAGCCCUGCAUUGAAAUUACAGCUGUGUCACUUGUUUUUAUUUUUAUCAAGACAAUUAAAUUUUCUAAGCCUCUA